GUGAUGGUUGUUGAAAAAUCCUCCCCUAUAAUGGACCCGAUUCAAAAGGAAAACGUGGAAAGGAAAUUAUCUCUAAGGAACAUGUGCUCAGUCAAACUCACCAACAUGCCAAAGCGGUACAAUUACACCGCUCUUGUAGAAUUGGUUCCCGAUAUGACUGCCUGUCGGAUUUUAUACGAUUCGGUCUCAAGAAGACCAAAGAAUCACUGUUAUAUUGAGUUUUCAUCUAAUGAAGCCGCAAUUAAGUGUGCGCAAAAGCUAAAUAAUGCAGAAUUUCUGGGCAAAAAAAUUCAAGCCUCAACCGGGGCAGAUUUGUCUGAAAGUGCUGAUGAUUAUAUCCCUCUUAGCAUCCUCUUAUACAACCUCCAUUGGAAAACUUCUAAGGGAGAAAUUGCCAAACACUUUCCUACUUCAAAGUCAAUUGAUAUUGUUACCAAAACAAAGAAAGGAAAUGUUGAUAAACGUCAACCGGGUGUUGCUAAGCUGACGUUCAAUACUAUAGAUGAAUCCAUAUCUUCCGUUGAUGAGAAGCAAGGUUGCAUAAUCCACGGUCGUCGUGUGUCGAUUCACUUCUGUCCAAAGCAGUCAAAAUCGAAAGUUAUUGGCUUGACGGUGUAUGGAUUUAAAAAGGAUACCACUGAAUCCGAAGUCAGAGCUAUCUUUCCUCAAGCCAAUAAAGUAGAUCUGUUUCCUCUUGGUGGAUUUGCGGUACUGCAUUAUGACCUCUUUGAAGAUUGCAAAUUGGAUAGGAAAAAUGCUCUUGGAGCUGAGAUGAAGGGGCGAAAAUUGAGAGUCCUCUACAAAUAUCAGACAGAAGAAAAGAAAGACCUGACAGUUAAAAAGCAGACCAGAGAAGCAUCUGGAGCUUCUACGUCACUGAUUUUUGUGAAAAAUCUCGGCAGAAAUGCAACUGAAGAACAAAUCGCGUCCCUCUUUCCCAACACGAAAAUUGUCAGUAUGCCUAAAAAGGGCAAGGCUUGUCGGGGGUAUGCCAUUAUUGACUGCAAGUCCGUGAUCUCAGCGAGACGUUUCUUAGCUAAGCCACAAAUGCUUAACGGUCGGAAACUUGUAAUAGAACCAGCAUCUGCUAAGAAAACUGUCCUUGUUAAUGCUCUCCGGGCCUAUAAUAUUACGCAGGCUUGGAGUUCUAUUGAUCUGGUGCAUUUUCCCCACUACAAGCUAUGUGUGGGAUUAUUUUGUGAUGUGGCUUCGGCUAUGGAUUUGAAUGCUCAAGUUCAGGCCGAAAAGCUCCCGUACCCUGCGGACCUCUGUGCCAUACUGGAUGCUGACUACAUCGUGGAUCUCAUACAGGUUGAAAGUGCAGCCGCGCAAGCUCUAGUAAAUAGAUCUGGCGGGAAACUUCAGGGGAAAGGCGUGUUCUCAACUGAGCUGCUCGCAUGUUUGCAUCCGAAGCACUCGAUCAAAGAAGCCGUAGCUACAUUUGGUGUUAAGUAUUCGACCCAAAGGGUUCUGGUUGUCCUCCUUCAAACUCCUGAUGUACCUUCUCCUGAUUUAGACAAAAUGAAUGCCUUCUUGCCAGGAAAACUCGGAGAUCUGAGUUCCCUUUAUGAAUGUUUUGAUCAGGAAAAGGUUUCUGAUAUUUAUGGCAUUUCUGGAACUGAAUUUGAACGCCACGAAGGAGAAAAAGCUUACGUACUCAGUGUCCUAACCCGAAUGUCUGCCAGUCUAUUAUCACGUUGA